GUAUUGAUGUUCUUUCUCACUUCUAUCGGGGUCUCUUUUUAUCUUCUCUCUCGUUUACUCUUCUAUCAAACUCUUACUAACAAUAAUGGAUGGAGAUACUAAACGUAUUCAUCGUAUUAUUUUAUAUGUUUGGAAUGGAAACUACUCUGUAACUGAGAAAACGUUCACCUGUUAACUUCAGCUUCAGCGGCACGUCCCCUUUGUGCUUGAGUAAGCGCGGUUAGCACGCCUCCUCUUUCACAACGUACUUACUAACUCGUCCGAGAAGCCUCUUUAAAAUAUAUACAAGAAGAAUGGGCAGAUUGUUUUCAUUAGACAUGAUUCAGCCAUUAUGGAUAGCUAUGGCCUUGGCUUUGGCAUAUACUGAUCAGCUAUUGGCAUUUGAGUUGACGUGUUUGCCAGAAGUUGUGAAUAACACCGUGGACAACAUGACUGCCCUUCAAUGCUCCAUGACAAAUAUGCAGAAAAAUGCACCAAUAACCAUUGUAUGGACAAAAAACAGCUCUGUUCUUCUACAUUAUGCCUCAUCUAGACGAACACGCAGGCAUGCAAUAAAUCCAAGGUACCAUUUACCGGAGGAUGAAUUAAAGCAUGGAAAAUUUUCACUUCAAAUCACGAAAACUGAACUGUCGGAUGAAGGAGUAUAUGAAUGCACAGUUAUCAUUGGUGAAGUCUACCGAGAGGCACAGGUCACUCUGAAUGUGAAAGUUCCAACAACUGAAGAAAUCCCUGAACAGCCUGAAAAACCAGGUCACCGUGAAAAUGGUACCACCGCCAUUAAACCAGUUAUUACCAUCUUAAUUGUACUUCUCUGUGUGUCUGUAAUUGUUGGGUUCAUUAUGACUAUAAAGAAAAUGAAAGGUUUUGGUCAUUAUGGAAAAGAAGGAAAUUCAAGAAUUUUUACAUGUUCACAGAUUCAAGAGCUCUUAAAUGCACCUCCGACCCGAGACAGAUAUGGCAGCUCUCCGCAGGCAUCUAGGGUUGUAAAAAGCACUUCUGAUCCUUCUUUAAAGUGUAAGAGUUGGAGCCAGUCCCAAGUCUGGAUAAAGUAUGAGGGAGAGCACAAACUUAUGCUAUAGGAGAUAGAGAGUGGUCGGCAGGUGCAUUGUGUAUUAUUUUUUUAGUAACUCAUUAAGAAAUUUAGGAACAUUUGCAGAGAAUUUGUCACCUAUACUUACUUGUAUAAGAAGACAAGCCUAGAAAAAUACAAUAGGCAAUUCUGGAGUGUAACUUGUGAGUGAUUAUUUUUUGUGUGAUUGGCAAUAUCCCGGUUAGCAAUAAAUACUCUACAGUGGGAAUUUUACACCAAAAUUAUUUACGCGUCUUGUAGUGUAAAUAGAGUUGGGGAUGGAAGAAUGGACUGAUGAAUUCCACACUUUCUAAUUUUUGGUGUAAAAUUUACACUUACCCAUUUUCAAGCGGCUCAGCAUUCUUAGUGAAGAUGUGAAGCUCACAUAAAAAGCCGGCAUCAGUUUAAAUAAUUCUGUUCAUGUUAGCUGUUUUAGUCUUCCUCGCCGUUCAGUCCCUGUGUACUGCUUUUGUUGGGAUUACUUUUUUUUAUUUUUUACAACAAAACUGGACUCUAUAUUGUACCUUUGCCCUCAUGAGAGUGUUGUACAGUAAGCAUAACCUCAGUUGGCUGGACCUCCAUACAACAUAGGCACUAUAUAAUUGAGCAUACUAUUUACCUUUUAAAUUGUUUCUGUAAAUUGAUGAAUAUCAAAAAAAAAAACAUUGCUGAUGUUCUUCUUUUACUUGCAAAGGAUAGAAUUUAAUUUGAUAUACAGGUGGACAACCAUUCAAGACAAUGCCACCUACAGCUGUGACAAAGGCUCCAUGAAGGAAAAAGUCAUUUUUAGUACUGUAAAUAUUGACAUAUUUAUUCAUAUCACAACAUUAGUCACUGUGAUGCAAGAAGAAGACUAAACUUUAGUGACAGUUCAGUAAAUUUCCAAAUAUGGUCUCACAGAUGUUUGGUGUUGCAGUGUUUUGGCGACCUCUAAUGGCCAUUUUCUAAACUUUAGCACGGUUGUUCUGUGAGUUGAAUGACUACGUUCACUUUUGUAGGUGACUGGGUGACAUUAAGAGAGACCUCCAGGCAGUGGCGUAGGAAGGUGGGUGCGGUGGGUGCGGUGGGUGCGGCCCGCACCCGGUACUAGUUCUGAGGGGGUGACAAAAAAUUGCCGGUUUUGUAUUAAUGCGCCUUUUUGUUACAUAAAAUAACAUGUCAAAUAAUUUACAUGGGCUUUAACAAUCCCUAAUUGCAGCAAAUUGCAGGUGAACGACGUGAUGCUGUAAUGAUUGUGUGGUGCGUGGGGGGAGGGGGUGUUCUGUCUCAUUUCCUUUGAACUGUGUUGGUGUUCAAGUAAACAAACAACCGGUCCUGUGACUCAUUGUCUCAUCCCUGCCACAAAUAUAUCAUCGCCACAAGUCGAUCUGUGCAACAAGAUGAUAUUUUUAACCCAAACAUCAUAAUAAUAUAGUCGGCGCGAAAUAUUUUAGACAGUGGGGUGGGUAGGUAUUGUCCGCUCUAGAACCAACCAUAAAGUAAACAAUUUUACUUUAGGAUCGUUCUACGAGCGAACGGGCAAUAUCUCCCUCCCCAUCCCAUUAUCUUAAGGCCCUCUAUAUAUAUAUAUAUAUAUAUGAGCCGGGACACACGACGAAAUCAUGCGUUAGAAUUCUGGUUAAUUGGCGAUUUGGCCUAAUUUUUGGUGGCAAAUCAGAAGCCAAGAAGGGGCAGUAAUGGGAAAUUAUCAUUGGCGUUCUCUUGAUUUGGCUCGUUAUUGCCUUUAUUUUACGUCGCCAAGACAGUAUUUUUAAACAUAUUUUUCCGGUGCUUCUUUGGUUUUUCCUUGAAAUUCAUGUCGGAAAUCUAUGGUAAUUUAAACGUGUGCAUAAUUUAUUUUUCCAAUUUCGAUGGAUUUUUCGAGAUGUGCUGUUCAUAAGACUUCAAUAGUGAUACUGUUUUUGGCGAUUUAUUGCUAUCUGGCUGCAAAUACGUCGCCGGGUUCUAAAGUUAUGCGCUAGGUACUAUCACUAUGAAAAAAGAUUUCUUACAUUGUACAUUAAACUGGCUUAUUAAUGAAAAGGCAUUUUACUUUUUUUAUUCAUAAAAAAUUGUUUACAAAAUAAUUAAUAUUAUGCCCUCUUUACUUAACCAAUUGAAUAAAAAAAUUGCUUUCUCAAUAAAUUUAAUUUUAUAUUUUGGUGGACAUGGGGGUGACAAGUUUAAACUCCGCACCGGGUGCCACUGGAUCUUGCUACGCCAUGGCCCAGGUAAUUUAAUUAAAUUAGUUUUGUUAUCUCCUAAUAGGUUAUUAUUGUUUGUUGACAUUUUAGAUAUUUCUUUAUUCAUUCAACACUUAGCAUGCUUAGUUAAAAUUGAAUAUUGUAAAGUUUUGGAGUCUUCACUUAAUUACAGCAACGUAAAGCUGUUGGUUUAAGCCUCUAAAUUGAAAUCAAAGUAGCAGAAAACAGACAAAGAUGAUGGUGACUGUCAAUAACUUAAUCGUACUUCACACAAUAUUCAUGUCCUACACCUAAAAAUAAAGGACAAACAUUUCUCUUUCAGAAUAUUUGCACCUGGAAAAUUAUGUAUGUUGUACAUGUUACACUAGAAUAAGUCUCAGAAUUCAGGAACGUGUUUACCAAAUGUAUUUUGAAUGUUAUGCCUAUUUCCAUAGGUGUUGGAAUAAGCUAUGAAAGUGUCAGUGAAUGAAUCAUGGAUACCCAGAAUAAAAUAUUAUGAAAUAUGUCUAGUUUUACCAUUUUGAAGGAGUACAAAAAACAGGAUUCUUUUUCUCUGAUUAAACUGUUUUUCAAGUAAGUAUCCAUAGCAUACAUACCCAUAAUUGAAGACCAUGACCAGUUUACCAUUUUGAUGGGCAGAUAUUACUCUGUCGGGACAUACAGCUAAAGACAUUAUACUGUGUAUCUAAAUUGCAAGAUCAAUAAUUGCAACGUCUUUGCAAAAUAAAUAGACAAAAUACAUCUACAUGGAAUAAUCUUGAAAUAUAGAAAGUAACAUAAAAGUGGAAUGUGUUGUCAAUUGAAAGUUAAAACAUCUACAUUCAGUAGAUAACAGUCUGUCCGUCAAAUUGCACAUAGUUGAAUCAGGGGCUCAACAAAGUCAUGGUCGCUGUUACACAGCAUUUCGGCCAUGUCUGAGGAAAGAAAGAAAAACAUUGCAAUGUUGUAUUGGGAUAUCCAAUAUGGACUUUUAAUGGCAAAACACUGUACUUUAUGAAGAAGUUCGUGAUUUUAUACAGUUCUUUAUUUUUUGCAUUAUUGUUUGGACCUGCUGGCGGGUCCAAAAUAAUGGGGCUGAGUUUAAAGGGUCAGAUGCUGUAAAUGCCACAGAUACUUUGUAUACAAUACUUUAUCAUGCACUCGGGUUCAUUGAACCCUGAUACGUUGUCUAUUUAUGUAAAGGUAGUUAUAAAUUGUAUUACUUGUAUUACUUUGAAUUCUGUCUUAAUUAAAUAUCUGUUUAUAUAAUUAA